UGUUUGAAGUCAAGUCUCAGAACUUGACUCCAGUCAAGUCUCGGGUUCUUGACUGAAAUCAACUGGGACCUAAAAGCCUUUCUUGUUCGAUAUUUAAUCCGGUGGUGUUGUGCUUAGUACGGCUCUACCACAGUACUUGUGCUGAGUCGGGCUCUACCAAUUAAAACUCCGCCGGCGAGGGAUAAUUCAUUCACACGAUGCAGUUUGUUGUUGGCCUGCCGAGGUAGUAACUCGCCUUGGCGUUGAUUCUGGUACAUCAAGUUAGGAUUAAAAUGGCUGGUCAAGGGUCAGUUAGUGGAAGAGUGGACAUCGCCACCACAGCAGUACUGUUCGCCUGCCUGGCGCUCUGUGUCAGUAGCCAGGCUGGCGAAGGCGAACCGUCGAAGAAGAUGGAAGAAGAAGUUUUCUCGGACAUGCUGAAGAUCGUGGACAACAAGUUCGACACGCUGACCGUCAGGAUUACUGCGCUAGAGAGGGCCAUCUCACAGCUGCAUUAUUUCUCCAUCCGCCAGCUCCGGCACGUUAGUACAGCUUUGGAGGGGGCAGAGAAGGACCUGAAAACUGUCAGUAAACAGGUCGGUCAGCUGGAGGUCGACGGACGAAGCAUGAAAAUUUUGCUGAACUUGAUGAGCCGAGACGUAUCAGACAUGAAGACAACCAGUUCUGACACGCUGAAAGAGAUCGAGACCAACGCCCCCUACAUCAACGAGAACACGGACAAGCAAGUACUGCAGCUCAAGGCGGCCGUGGAGGAGAUCGUCACAAAAGCCACACAAGACUCAGCCAAUUUACUCAUCAAACAUGUUGAAGAAAUCGCUCCUAUGAUCGAUCAAAUGAAGAUGGAACCCGUAAACUGUUCAAGUGUCAUUUCUGCAAUAAACCAACAUCUGGACACUAAGUUAGCAGACCUGUCAACAGACACGCGGUCUUAUGUUAAUGAGGUCGUUAGUGCCAUGUCACAAACAGAUGACAGCAUCAAAUGCGCGAACGACAAACAAAUGAAAGACGAGGAAAAUAAAAAUGAACACGCGAAAAACUCAAACGGCGACAGUAAAAACGAGAACGGAAAUCCGAACCACCCGGAAAUCGAGUUCCAAAACGAGAUGGACGAGCAAGUGAUGACGAUGCUGUUCAACAUGACUAGCAGCGUUCAGCAAGCCACAUCCUACUUCCGGAAUACGGGGCGGAUGUUGGAACAAAUCACAUCCAGCAUGGACAUCCUAGUGGGCGCCCAGGCUGACCUGACCAGGAAGUUUGACCUGAUUCAGCUGACCGGACAUGGGAGGGCACACGAUUCGGAAAAUGAAGUCUCCAACGUGAUCUCAGAAACCGGGGCAGACGAUAAGCGUUCUGGGUGUGUUUUAUCCAAAGAUAUUUCAAAACACCUGGAGCCUAUCAUUAAAAACAAUACCCAUAUAUUUGAGGUUGUUAUGGACCUGGCCCAUGAGAUAACCUCCUCACUCGCCUCCACCACGGCGUCUCUUCAAGACGAAAUCAAACGCGUUGAAGGGAUCCGAACCACCAUGGCCACUGAAGUCAUCUCCAAAUCGCCUACCCACCCAUCUGACCAGCUCACAACACUGACCAACCUCACGGAACGGACAUUCAAACUACUAGAAUCCGUAGCCUACAACACUGGCUGGAUACCGAACAUCUCCCGUAACGUUCAGCACAUUGAGAUACAGCAGAACCGGUCACUUCUGCUAGCUGUACGAGCCUUCAAUCUGAUGCAGCAGACGCAGCAGUUUUUAAAUCCUAACAAAACAAAAGAGAUUAUCAGUCGGGACUCGAUGCAGAUUAUCUACAGCACAAGUUUACAGCUGAUAAGGAUUAUGCCAGCCUUGACCAAAAUGUUAGCAGAACCAGACCCUCUAAUCACUUUAGUGGGCGGUGGACGACCGGACCAGGGGCGUAUUGAGAUCUACCACAACGGACAGUGGGGGGCUCUCUGUCUCAAAAACCUCACCCACACUGAAGCAAACACCAUCUGCCGCCAUCUUGGUUUCACUGGCGGGAUCUCGGCCGGGGCGGGGUUCUACGGCCCCGGGGGCGGGGUGGCCUGGGUGUUUAACGCCUCGUGUCUGGACAGUGCCGCAGCUUGCCCAGUGGUCACCCACACGGAGGAGACGCCGGCCUGUAGUCACGAGCUGGACGCAGCUGUCGUGUGUGACCACAUGCUACGGGUAAUCCCAGGCCAAGAUAGCAAGGUUUCAAAGGCUGGGAGACUGGAGAUUCACCAUAGGGGGCUCUGGAUUCCUGUGUGUGGGAACGGAUGGAAUGAUAUGGCAGCCCGGACUGCGUGUAGACAGAUGGGCUACGCGGACGGCAAGGAGCUGGAGCUAGGCGAGUGGCGGGCGGGUAGCAACUCGACUUGGCUAGGGAGGACAUUCUGUAAGGGCGAAGAGAAGCGGUUAGACGCAUGUACUAUUCAGAGCUGGGUGGACCCGUGCCCGGGGCUUGUGCCGGCGGGGGUCAAGUGUCUCUGACGUCAGUAGGUUGUAGCACUCGGCUAUAGGUUGUAUCAUUAGCUCGUAGGUUUUAUAGGAGUAUCACUCGUGAGUAGGUUUAUACAAGUAUCAUUGCCUUGUAGGUUUAUAUGAGUAUCAUUACCUUGUAGGUUUAUGAGUAUCAUAGGAGUAUCACUUGUGAGUAGGUUUAUACAAGUAUCAUUACCUUGUAGGUUUAGAGUAUCAAUUAGGUUUUAUAGGAGUAUCACUUGUGAGUAGGUUUAUACAAGUAUCAUUACCUUGUAGGUUUAUGAGUAUCAUUAGCCUGUAGGAUUUAUGGGAGUAUCAUUUAUCAAAGGUUUAUAGGAGAAUCAAUUAGACUAUGAUAGGAGUAUCCUUAGCUUGUAGGUUUUACAGAAGUAUCAUGUCUGUAGGUUUAUACGAGUAUCAAUUCAGAAUGUUAUCAAAGCAUCUUUAGCUUGCAGGUUUUAUAGGUGUAUCAUUAGUCUGUAGGUUUAUAUGAGUAUCAAUUCAGUUUUGAUUGUUAUCAAAGCGUCCUUAGCUUGCAGGUUUUAUUAGGACUAUCACAAACCUGUAAACUAACCUCACUAGCCAGAAAUUGUACAGGUUAAAUAGUCUCAUUAGCCAGUAUCUGAUCCCCUAUACAAAUAGUAAUACCACUAGCAUGUAAAAGUCUUACCAACGAUUAAUACCAUACAGUAGUCAAUAGGUUGUAAUGGCUAUCAUUGGCCUUGGGUUUCAAUUUGCUAGCUUAAAAUUGUAGUCUUGCUAGCUGUUCACCUCUAGAGUCAUGACUGAGUCAAGAUGGAGACUUGUAACACAAAUAUAAGGUUUCUAGCCAAUUAAUAAAGCUUUUACAAAGCAAUAGGUUUCAAUAAGUUGAUCAUUUAUUAUGUGAUCGUUAGUUAUUGAUAGGUUAGGUAAAUUUAAUCAGUUUAAUACUACAUCAUAGCCUUACUAACAUAUUGAUUUUACCAUUUACAAUAUUC